GAUGGUAUUUGGGUUUUCGGGUACGGUUCUUUGAUCUGGAAACCACCCAUCCAUUACGAAAAAAAGCAAGUAGGCUACAUUAAAAAUUAUGUUCGACGGUUUUGGCAGGAAGACGCGGAUGGAAUAACGUGGGGUGUUGCUUUCAAAAUCCCCUCAGAUGACGUAGAAACCACAAGAGCUUACUUAGAUCAUAGAGAAAAGGCGCUGGUUUAUAUUGGCACGACGGAUAAUGAAGCUUAUGUGGGACCUGCACCACUAUCUAAGAUAGCGAAGCAGAUACAUGACACUUACGGCCCUUCCGGUUGGAAUGCAGAAUAUCUGCUGAAUUUAGCUGAUGCCCUCCGUGAAAUCAGCCCUGGAGCGCGUGAUGAUCAUAUAUUCAAAUUAGAAGCAUUGGUGAAGGAAAUGAUU